UUUGUUACAGUCGAGGUGACAUGUAAACACGAGAGAAAAAUCAUCUCGGGGGGAAAAAAUACGGAAGUCACAUGUUUUAGUAAAUAAUUGGGGACCAUUUAUUUUCUUCCGGUUUUUAAAUAACUUAAAAAUAGUUUUUCGCGAGUUGCGGUACCCCGCAAAGUGGUUGUUUUUGUUUCAAAAUCGCACAUUAACCUUGCGACUUUGGAUCAUUGGUUUGUGUGAAUUGUUUUCGGCCCGGUUUUUUCUUAAAUGUUUGGGAUUUUGUUUGAAACAUUUCAUUAUUGCCAACUAGAUGGAUUUUAAAAUUAUUUCCGAAUAAUAAUGUGACCAUCACACUCAUAAGGCGUCCCGACGAUCAGCGCCGGCACGAUGCUAAGCGUACCGGCGCCUACAGCCUCAGUACCACCUUUAGGUGAUCCUGUAAGCCAUCCCGCAGCACCCGCCACUACUUUUACGCCCCCCGACACUGAUCAGGCUCAAUUUGAAGCUGAUAAAAGGGCUGUUUAUAAACAUCCUUUAUUUCCGCUUCUGGCGCUCUUAUUUGAAAGAUGCGAACUGGCAACUCAAUCGUCGGAGCCUCAGUCUAGCGAUGCUUUCAAUAUGGACAUUCAGGCCUUCGUACAACACCAGGAGAGAGAUAGGAAACCUUUUUUAGCCAACGAACCAGAAAUAGAUGGAUUGAUGAUAAAAGCCAUACAAGUUCUCAGGAUACAUCUUUUGGAAUUAGAAAAAGUUCAAGAGCUGUGUAAGGAUUUUUGUAAUCGAUACAUCACUUGUCUGAAAGGCAAAAUGCAGUCUGAAAACUUGCUUAGAUCUGAUUAUCCACAAGAUAUUUUGGGGAAUAGCAUAAUGAACAACAUAGAAUCAAACAACAAUAGUAUGAUGUCUCAUAACAACAGCGACAGUGGCUCAGCUUCAAAUAGUCCGGUGCAAUACUCAAUUAGUCCACAUCCUGCAAUGAUGCCUCAACAACCUCCCAUUCUGGACAGACCUCCAGGAACACCAAUAGAAACCGCCUACUCAUUGCCCCAUUAUGGGGGACCCACACCUCCAUUACAACCAGCAGCUCAACCUUCGCCUGUACCACAAGUUGCUGAAAGUCUUGUAGUUCACGGGUCAACACCUUUAUCGCAAAUUGGUGCACAUUUAUGUCAGCCAGUAACAGCUCCACCCUCGGACAGUUCAGGUCCACUUUCGCCAGCCCCAACCACCCCUGGCGGCAGCAACGACGACUGCGACAGCGAUUUUUCCAGGGGUGGCAAAAAACAGAAAAGAGGAGUCUUGCCUAAACAUGCAACCAGUGUGAUGAGAUCGUGGUUAUUUCAACACUUAGUGCAUCCUUAUCCUACGGAAGACGAAAAACGACACAUCGCCGCCCAGACAAAUUUGACGUUGCUACAAGUGAACAAUUGGUUUAUUAACGCGCGCAGGAGGAUUUUACAGCCCAUGCUGGACGCCAGCACGCCCGCCGGGCAGGAAGUGGGCCAGGCGAAUUCUCCCGGCGGUCAGAGUGGCAAAAAGAAAAAGAGCCAGAACAAUAAUCGGCGGUUUUGGCCGCAGGAGUUUGGCAGUAUGCAACCGAACUUGGAUAGUGGAAUCCUCUCGAGUUCAGAUGACGAAGGUGAUUCAUAUAGUAGCGACGAAGAAGGGGGCGGCCUGGUGAUAAUAGAUGCUCCGGCGCAACCGAACGAAGUUAACCAAAACGGCCAUCAGGCAGACAGCAAUAUUGCGGCGGUGUAUGGUAACGGAGACGCGGAACCAUCCAGGCCGUAGAAUUAUCUAAAAAACCGGGAAUAAUAUGUGCAAAAGCCAAAAGAAAUGUAUUGUGUUCCUUAAUGGUAAGAUGAAGCUUUCUAAAAGAAAAGUGAUUGAGUUAAUUUUUUCAUAUAGUUGCCAUUGGACCUAAUAAGGCAAUAAAAUUUUUUGUAGGUGUUACAGCAAUAAUAACAAAAAUUUUAAACUUUAAGUGUAACUCAUAUCAUUAAUUAUUAUUAUUUUUGGUUCCGAUGAUCCAAUUUAUUUGAUACAAAAAACAUUCCAAAAAACACUUUCACAUUCAUUAUCGUAAGGCUGAUUCUUCAUUGUCAAAAAACAUUCCUCUUUCGCAGUUGAAACUUGUAUACGUAAUAAUAUACCUCAGUAUUUGAAACGGGUGCCACUUUGGACAAGAAAUAAGCCAGUAGUUGUCGGAAAUAAAACUUCUCAUGUGAUUUACAUAAAUUAGCUUGCUUGAUUUGGAUAGUAAUAAUUUGAAAUAAUUUGACAAGGUUGAGUUUACAGAGAAAAGUAAAGUUCAUGAAGCAAGCAAGCUUUUAUAUGUUCAAAAUAUUUUUACCUCCAAUAGUAUACGUAAAAUAGUCACGAAAUAACAUGUUAUUUCAUCCUGCCAUAUGUCGUACCAAAACCAUUUUGUCCAAACUAAACCACUCCGCAUAAAUAAAUCCAUAAAAUAUUAAGUAAGAUAAUAUUAAUACAUAUUUGAUAAGUUACUUUUUCUGUAUUGUCUGUUGAUGUGUAUGUAUACGCAAAAUUUGUUUACGAUUAUUUAAAGAGAAAUAUGCUCAUUCAGUAUUAUAAUUAUGUGUAUAUUAAUUAUAGUGAUAUGUAUACGUUAUGGACUAUUUUUAAAAAUAAUUCCUGGUGAUAAUUCAAUGAAAACUUUGUGAGUUUUGUGAUGGGAAGUUAUCUUUUCUAAUUGCUCAGUGUCUCUAACAAAUAUUGAAAGGUGUGAAAGUGCACCUUUGAAGAGGAUCUUACCAAUGAAAAAUGAGUUGAUUGAAUUUACAGCUUUUUCAUAGGAGUUAUUAAAACACAGGAAAAAAAAAUCCUAAAUCAGUUUAUUAUAAUAUUCACUCCAAGACCUUCUCUUGGAUCCUCUCAGCUCUUUCUUGAACUUAUUCAAUGUGGCUCUAUAUGUAUCCCAUUGGCAAGUUCUUCUGGCUUUGUUGAAUUCUAUUCUAGCUUUCGCAGGUUAUUAAAAGUGGGCAGUUCUCAGUGAAGGCUGAGGAUGAUUGAUCAUUGAAUUGCCAAAACUUCAGUGUUUCUUAUUUUCUUCCUGAUAUUCGGAAGGCCUGGAAAAUAGAUACUAUGGCUUAAAAAAAACUUCGAAUUCAUCGAAUUCUAUUCCAAAUACUUGUCAUUCUAAAAUCAAAUUUACACUACGAAAAGCUAAUUUCCCAAAGGACUCUUCAAAUUACCAACUAAUCUAGAACUAUCUACCAUUCCUUUAUAUACGUAACGAUCUUUCAAGGAUACUAUACCGUUAUUAGGCUAAAAUAUUUUAAAUUAAAUUACCAAUAGACUUAACAUUGUUUUAAGACCAUCUAGGGCUUAUAAUGACAUGGUUGUUGAAUAAUAAUAUGACAAAGUAAGAUAGUUGUAAAAAAAAGUUCUUCUAUCUUCUUUAUUUUUUUCUCCAAAAUGAAAAUGUUUUAUAAUGUAUACUUAGUUUUUGAAUAUACAUACCUACAUUAAAAAUAAUGUUCGCCUAAGUGUAAUGUUUAAAAAUAAAUAAGAAUAUUUACCUGUCAAAUUAUAAAUGGAAAAAUUAAUUAGGUUUAAGGUAUUUGUAAUUGGUCUGGCGUACUCAAAAACAAACAAGUGUCGUCUACACAGAAAUGCGUUUUCUUUUUGUUAAGCAAUACAUUUUGUGUUCUGUAGAAUACUACAGCCAUUGAACAAUUAUUGAGAAACAUUUUGUAAAAUAACCAGCUUAUGGACAUUAUUUACACCUUAAAAAUUCACGAGCUCUAGACAACUGAACCAUAUUAUGAUCAGUAUUAAGUCCGGUCUUCAAUAACAAUUAGUAUAAUCAUCAUCAGUAGUUUUUGAGAAAAUGAGGAGAUAGUCUAAAACAGCUUGUUCCAAAUUUAAUUAUUCCUGAGCAGUUAUUUAGGUAUGUAUACGUAACUUUGUGAUCAAAUAAUAUUAUUUACUUUGUAUACGAUUUUUAUAGUACAAAUAAUUUUUUUUUAGUUAUAUUUUUUGAGUACACUGACCGAUAAUAUCCAUCUAAAAGUAUACUAAUUGAAACUUAUAUACGUAACAAACAGCAUUACAAUAAAUAGCUUUAAGGCCUUCAAAUUAUUAAUUUAUUAAUGUUAUAUUUAAAAAAAAAAUAUGUAAAAUUUCCAUCCAUAACUGAAAAGUUCUUCAAGAUGUAGUAGUGGGUUAAUAAUUAUUAUAGGUUUAACAAUCAGACCUUCAAUUGAAUAAUUAUUUAUUUAGAGAACUAGGUACACUGUGCCUCUUUAAAUAAUUAAUAAAGUUUUAUCUUCCAGUAUACGUAAAAUAGUUUUUAAUGGUGUAUAUAUGUCUUAUAUUUGCAAAACGUAGCGCGUAUUUUUAAGUUCAUUAGUAAUAGUAGGACUUUUUGUUUCAACUACAUUCAAAAUCGAUAAUUUUGAUAGUAGUUGUUUCAUUGAUGUCUUUUAUCCAAUAUUUUACAUGUUUAUUUGCUAUGUCAGUCUGUGAUAUAUUAAAAAAAAAAAUAGCUCCGCCUCAGUCAGAAAUGAAGCGAUUUCAAACAUUCUUUUGACACAAACAAUGACAAUUGUUGCUAUUUAAAUUGAUAGUUUCUCACACAAAAAGAAUUACGAAUUUCGCUUGUAAAUUAUUUUUUUUUUUAGAAAGUAUAGCUUCUUGUAAUUAAAUGUAUACCUACGCUAAAGAAUACUCAUGUUUUUAGUUUUAAAACCAUUUAUUACGAAAAUAUACUGUUUUAAAGAUAUACAACCGUUAUGAAGCGUAAUUUUUGGCACGCACAGAUACUUUUUUGUCGCAAUAUUGUGUAUCUUUAACUUAUUGUAUAAUAAAAAAAAACUAAAUUGA